CUGCAUUUACUUCCGGGUUAGAAACUUCAAGAUGUACCCUUACUUAUGCUAACGACUGAAAACAUUUUUAAAGAACUGCAUAAGGAAAGUCUAAAGGAAAGUUACACAUAAAUAUAUAAAGGUUUGUCAAUAUUUCAUGCAGGCUUUUGACUAGAGACAAAGUCCUUGUUUUUCCAUAAGACGCUAUCUUCUUGAAAAAUGAAGCUAGCUACUAUGUUCCUGGAUGACUACACGUCUGGUCUAACCAUAUGUUAAUAUUUUUUUCUUUGAGAUAGCUCAUAGAUGGUUUCAUUCGUGAGACAUAAUGUUGUAAAAUCGUUAAAUGUAGACGCUGCUUUAGACGUUGUUUCCCUCCGAAUCCCUCAGAGGCUCGACUCAUGUCGGACAGGGACAUCACCGUGGUUGUGAUUGAGGAGCCCGUUCUCCCAGCAGGUGUGAUGGUUCCUGACUUGGAGCCAGCUGAAACAUCCAUCCAGAGGCUGCUGAACACUGUGGGCCAGGAUGAAACCUCAGCAGGUCAUAAUGGUUUCGGUUGUGAGGAGUGUCUGAUGCUCUUUCAGGACCAAAGCCAUCCCUAUGACGUCAACUGUCCAUCUUUUGUCCUUGAUUUUCAAACAAGCUUGGGCGUCCCUCAGCGAGCUCUCCUCACGUUACCCUUUGGUCUGAUGAUCGGCAGGUCUAGCAUUCCUGGUGCAGGAGUUGGAGUCAUAAACCAAGGACAAACAGUGUCUCCGGGAAUGCACUUUGGCCCCUAUGAGGGGGAAAUAACGACAAGGGAAAAUGCCAUGACUAGUGACUUUUCCUGGGAGAUUCAUAAAGGAGAAGACCAGUAUGAGUAUAUUGAUGCAGCCAAGGACUCAUUCUCCAACUGGAUGAGAUAUGUCAACUUUGCUCGAAGCAAAGACGAGGCCAACCUGUUGGCCGUCCAGUACAAAGGCAGCAUCCUCUUCCACUGCUGUCGCUCCGUACAGACGGGAGAUGAGCUCACCGUGUGGCCGAGCAGCAAAAUGCACGCCCAUCUCAGCAAAGCCUGGACUCAGAUGUUGUUUCUGAAGCUGAAUAGAACAGAGAGUGGUCCGUCUGCGUCCAACCCAAUAUUCCUGUGCACCAACUGCCUGCUUUCAUUCACCACAGAAGCUUUCCUCCUCCGACAUUUACAAGACUUUCACACGCACUCCGCAGCCGUCGAAGAGGUCGAUAAAAAUCCUCCUGGUGCGGAGUCGGAUCACUCUCCAACAUCUGUGGCGUUAUUACCUGUUGAUUCUGUUCAGUCCAAAACGUGUGACGACUGCGGGAAGGUUUUCAAGCAAAUCCCUCAUCUGAGGCGGCACAAGCUGUGUGUCCACUCAAACAAACGUCCUUACUGCUGCCCGCACUGCAGGCGCAGCUUCAGCCAGGCUUCUGGCUUAAUCAGACACCAGCAUGUUCACAGAAAGCCGACUGUCACAGAAGCCUCAAAUCAGAGCCAAAUCCUCUCUGAGACCGAGAGCUUAACAUCAAGAGCAGAACUUCUUAAUGCUGGUGAAGCGGCAGAGUCCGAGGACGGAAAAGAGAUGAAUGGGAGCCAGAAUCCCCUUGAAGCGGAGGACGUUACUGAUGCUGCAAAUACUUCUGCUGAUGAGGCAGGCGCACGUCAUUUGGAUUGUUCGUUUUGUGAGAAGAGCUUCACAAAUGAAGCAUCUUUCAAAAAGCACAAGGCUUCAGUUCACGAGAAUCUACGUCCGUAUGUUUGUUCUGUGUGCCGGAAACGUUUUGGACAGUACCACAGCCUGAGCAGGCACCUGCAAAGCCACCACAAAGGAGAUGAGAGUAGAGAGACAGUAAGUGAGGAUUUGGAGGGUGUGGCCGUGUUGCCUUUUAGCUGCGCGGAGUGUUCGACGUCUUUCUCUUCGGUGGACGCUCUGCAGCAGCACAUAAGCCAGCUGCACUCAGUGGACGUCUCCGCAGAAACCCGCGAAGAAAGUUCAGUUCCUGCCAUAAAAACCACCGACUCCAUCCAAAACCUUCCGUCUCGCAGGCCACAGCGUCCCAGAGCUAGCUCCAAGGUUUCUGCCAUCACCAAGCUUGUAGCACCAAAACGCAAAGCAGGCAGGCCCGCGUGGACCAACCGGAGCUCCACUGAGCCGGAGGCUCCCGCUGGCAGAAGUACGAUGUUAGUGAAAUUCAACUGGUUCAGCUGCAACCUUUGUAAACAAACGUAUGGAAACCCAGAGGAUCUAAAGUCACACAAGUGCACUUUGAUGCCGUUUAAGUGCAGAGAGUGUGGAGCAGCUUUUAAAAAGUCGGCAGUGCUCAAAAGGCACAAGCAGACGGAGCACGGAAAGUCAAAGUCCAACAUUUGUGACCGCUGUGGUAAAAGCUUCUCCAUGGCUGCUAAGCUCAAACAGCAUCAGAAGAGCAGCUCUUGUCUGAAGUAUCACCACACGUCUGAGCUUUUCCUGUGCUCCUUCUGCCAGUUCUCCUUCACUGUGAAGAGUUAUCUUCACAAACACAUCAAGAGGCACCACCCGGAUGAGUUUUUGUCACUUGGCGAUUCAAACGUUCCGAUGAACCAGCUGGAGGAGGAGGGGAAAUGCACAUGUCCACACUGUGGGACUGACUGCGCAAGCUCCAAAGAGUUCAAGUCUCACACAUGCACGAGGGAGCUGAAUGUUCUGUAUUUAUGCACUGACUGUGGGAAGGACUUCUCUAACCAGUACAGUCUGAAGCAGCAUGAGCGCAUUCACACGGGGCAGAAACCGUACACCUGCACCCACUGCGGGAAAAGCUUCUCAUAUGGCGGCCAGCUCACUGUGCACCUCAGAACACACACCGGGGAGAAGCCCUACCUGUGCACCCACUGUGGCGAGAGAUUCCGGCAGUCGGGAGAUCUGGUGAGACACGAGAGGAAGCAUACGGGCGUGAGGCCAUACAGCUGCUCCGAGUGCAGCAAGAGCUUCAGCCGCCUGCAGAGCCUCAAAGCCCACAAGCUGCUCCACCAGGGACAGAGGAUGUUCAAGUGCACCCAGUGUGGGAAGAGCUUUUCUAGGAACUAUCAUCUCAGGAGACACCACCAGAAAGUGCACAUGUAGAUAGAUCUUUGUGAGCGUUGUUUAGCAGCUCAGGUUGACGCAAACGUAAACAAAUAGAUUGCGUAAUAACUGCUCUUUAAGUGUUUGCAGGAAUCUGCAAAUUUCUUCCGUUAAUUUAAUUUUUGCCUUCAGGAAAUAAAACUUAAAUAUAACCUUUAAAUGGUAAAUGGCCUGUAUUUGAUAUAGCGCCUUCUAGAGUCCUGGAACCCAAACCCGAAGGCUUUGAACAAUCAGUCAUUCACCCAUUCACACACACUGGUGGGGAUGAGCUACAAUGUAGCCACAGCUGCCCUGAGGUGCACUGACAGAGGCGAGGCUGCCGAGCACAGGUGCCACCGGUCCUCCGACCACCACCAGCAGGCAACGUGGGUUAAGUGUCUUGCCCAAGGACACAACGACAGCGACAGACUGAGCGGGGCUCGAACCUGCAACCUUCCGAUUACGGGGCGAGCACUUAACUCCUGUGCCACCGCCGCCCCGGUGUCAUAAAUGUUAUUUUGGUCCUUUUAAGACUUUUUUUUUAAGCCACAUCUGUUUGAGGUUUUUGCACCAGGUCCCACAUUCGGCUCAUUUUCUGCCCAUCUUGAUGCUUUGAAAUAAAAACCAUGUUCACCGUCA